AUGAAGAAGCCUACAGCAGCCACAGCGUUGUUUGCAGGUGCUGGUCUCACCAACACCACCCUCAACUGCUCGACCGAAGCCUUCCAGAAGAUUGUACCUGCCAAUGCCUCAGUCGUACUAGCCAAGCGCGUGGCCGAAAAUGGCACAUUCACGCCCCCGGCAGCUGACACCGGCUUCCCCGACCCAGCGUAUCAGCUACCGGCCCUCUGUGCUGUGCAGGUUGAAAUGCCCACUGGGUUUUCCGGGUUCAGGGUCUCGAGGGGUUUGCGCACGUGGAACACAUUGUACCAUGGCUGCUCGUCGUCAAAAGGUUUCCUCAAACGACACUUGCAGAACAACAAGGUAAUUACAAAGCAGUGGCUUGCCUUGAGCCUGAUGAGACACAAGGUCGUCUGA